UUUGAUUAUUGGUUAUCUCUGGUGUGAAGUUUCAAGACUCAUUGGUGUUUUCUUCCAAAUUCUGAUAUUGGGAUGGGUUGUCGGUGCUCUAAACUCAGUGCAUGUUGUUGGGUUUCGGAACCAAACGGGCCAAUUCAUGAGGCAACGAAAGUUGAUUUUGAGGUUUGGACAUAGCAGUGCCUUUGGAAAUGUUUGUUUUAGACACUGCAAUUUUCUUUGGAUUGAAUUCAAUUCAUAUGGGUUUUGCAUUCAAUUCAUAUGAAUUUUGGAAAACUAAAUAUAAAUUUUGGACAUAGCUUUGUAUGUAUCUUGUCUGUGUUUUCCAUUCUGUAUGCAGAUUACAAAAUGGCUUGUUCCUCUAGUAACAAUAGCAACAUAAGAUUGAAACGAAGAUUGUGCGAUUGUGGGAUAACAGCUGCCAGGCACACUGUCAAGUCAAAUCAGAAUGGAAAUAAAGGCCGUGUGUACUUUGUGUGUCCAUCGAAAUAUGUUAGUGAGGAACACUGCAAUUACUUCAAGUUUGCAGAUGAUAAUGAUGACGACGAGAUCUUCAAUGCUACACCUCGUACAUCUAUAAGAAGCGAAGAAUUUAACGAUCGAAGCACAAGGGUUUAUGAGAUGGAUAAUGAAUUUGAGGAGCAUGGUAGAAGACUUCGAAGGGUGGAGAUGAAAUUGAAUGUGAUGCUUUGUGUCAUUGUAUUUUGUAUUAUUUUCUAUUUUAUAAUGUAAAUUACUAAGUUGAUAGCUUUUAGGGAAUUUGAUGGAUGUAGUUAUGGACUUAAUGGACUUGAUGCUUUAUGUCAUUGGCUUUGGAUCUUGAUUUUGUAUCUCACUUUUGCCUUUGGAUCUUGGUUGAUGUUAUAUAAUC